AGAUAUGUUAAUAGAUGUGUGGGGUGGGGGCGACAUUGUUAUCCCUAUUUUACAAAUGAGAAAACUGAGACUUGAAAAUAUAGCAAAUUCUGAUCACAGAACCAGUUGUGGCAGACCUAUAAUUUGAAUUCAAGUUUAUGUGACCCCAAAUCACAGGCAGUUUCCAGUACAACAUGCUUAACCCUUUGCUAACUUGUAUCAGGGUAGAAAUGACUACUCCUUUUUUAUACCAUCAGUAGACCUUGCAAAUGUAGCUAUUUUAGAAUCUAUCGCACUAUGUGUGGUGAACGUGUAUAUAUUGCUCUCUCCUGGCUGAGUGUGGUCCUCAUGAAGGCCAUGCUCCAUAGAGCCAUCUCUGUGACCCUGGUGCUGUGCUAUGGCACAUGGAAGAAAAGCACUCACAAAGGUGAAAGGCAGUGACACCUCUUGGUAACUAAGCAGUGAAAAGAGCUUUAUUAAGUGCCUGGUAAAGGCAAUGGCAAGGUUUUUGUGGGUUUUUUAAGCAAUAGUAAUACUAACAGGGUGUCUUAUGAUAUCUGAAGAUCAUUUGAAAGUUUACCUACUGGGCUAAAUAUGAUGCUACUCAAGCCUCAAACCUGCAUAGCAAAUUUAAUUUAGUGAGUAUUUAUCAGUAUCUAUGAUGGGCUAUUAGGAAAAAGAACUAUUUAUUUCCAGGAUCAUACUUUAAAAGUCUGUUAUGCACAGAAUGUCAAUGUCCAUUAUUAAAUGAUCUGAAAGGUCAGGCCAGUAAAUUUUUGCUGAUUUGCAGGUCGCCCCUCCAAAGAUUCAGUGGGUCAGAUAUCGGUUCACGUGGACAUCACCACCACCCCAGGAACAGGAGAACACAAAGUCACUGUAAAAGUGAUUGCUAUUAAUGACUUACACUGGCAGACCACUGCAAUGUUCCGUCCCUUUGUGGAAGUUUUUAUGCUGGGACCCAACCUUGGGGACAAGAAGAGAAAACAAGGCACAAAGACAAAAAGCAACACAUGGUCACCAAAGUACAAUGAAACAUUUCAGUUCUUUCUGAGUAAAGAAAACCGCCCAGGGGCCUAUGAACUUCAUCUUUCAGUUAAGGAUUACUGCUUUGCCAGGGAAGAUCGAAUUAUCGGAAUGACAGUAAUUCAGCUUCAGAACAUAGCAGAAAAGGGAAGCCACGGGGCAUGGUAUCCCCUCUUGAAAAACAUCUCUAUGGAUGAAACUGGUUUGACGAUCCUUAGAAUCCUCUCUCAGAGGACCAGUGAUGAUGUGGCUAAAGAAUUUGUAAGACUUAAAUCUGAAACAAGAUUUGCUGAAGAGAGUGCUUGAAACAAACACUGCAAGAUCGCAUCUUCCGGAACUCAUCAACUAUAACUGUUUGACCCCUGCAUGCAUGUGCAAAUACGCGGGAAUGUUUAUUUCAUUAUGUUUCAGUGUUUGCCAGUACUUAAGUACCAUGUCUACAAGGUAUGUGUAAAACCUGCAGAACUUUUAUACCAAUUUUGGUCUUUGAGAAAUAAAUGUUCCAUGAAGUGCCAAAAUUAUGAUGUAAAGUGACAUAUCCAGAGUAUCUUUUAAAAUGUUUAUUUCAUUACCAGUUUCUCACCCAUUAAAUAU